CGUUGAAAGAGGAAGAAGAGGAGGGGCAGAUUACUGUCACGUUGAAAGAGGAGGAGGAAGAGGAGACGGGAGAUCUGAGUAACACCGGAGAAAGACCAGACUCUGAGGAACCAGAGGAAGAAACUUCCAAACCAGCAAGACCAUACCACUGCUCCCAGUGUGCGAAGAGUUUUACCCAGUUAGGGAACAUGAAAAGACACGAGAGGACACACACAGAGGAUAAACCGUUCCACUGCUCCAAGUGUGGAAAGAGUUUUACCCGGAUAGGGUCCCUGAAAAUGCAUGAGAGAAUGCACACAGGAGACAAGCCUUACCCCUGCUCCUUGUGUGUAAAGAGAUUUUCCUCCUCAGGAUGCCUGAAAAUACAUGAGAAGACGCACACAGGCGAUAAACCUUUCCAAUGCUCCCAGUGUGGAAAUAACUUUUCCUUGUUAGCGAGCCUGAAAAGACAUGAGAGGGCACACACAGGAAAUAAGCCUCAUCACUGCUCCCAGUGUGGAAAGAGUUUUACCCGGAUAGGGUCCCUGAAAAUGCAUGAGAGAAUGCACACAGGAGAAAAGCCAUACCACUGCUCCUUGUGUGGAAAGAGUUUUAACCAGUCAAGGGACCUGAAAGAUCACGAGAGAAUACAUACAGGAGAAAAGCCAUACCACUGCUCCCAGUGUGGAAAGAGUUUUAACCAGUCAAGGGACCUGAAAGAACAUGAAAGAAUACAUACAGGAGAAAAGCCGUACCACUGCUCCCAGUGUGCAAAGCGUUUUACACAAUUAGGUCACCUGAAACGUCAUCAAAGAACACACACUGGAGAGAAGCCUUAUCACUGCUCCCAGUGUGGAAAGAGUUUUGCCCAGUUAAGUCACCUGAAAGAACAUAAGAGAUUGCACACAGGGGAGAAGCCUUACCACUGCUCCCAGUGUGGGAAAACGUUUUCCUCGUUAGCGAACCUGAAAAGACAUGAGGACACACACAGGAGAUAAGCCUUACCACUGCUCCCAGUGUGGAAAUAGUUUUUCCUUGUUUGCGAACCUGAAAAGACAUGAGGACACACACAGGAGAGAAGCUUUUCCAAUGCUCCUAGGACCUGUAAAUUGAUAUUUCACGUCACAUUAACUUAAAGUUCAUCAGAGAAUAAACACAG